AUGAAAAUUAUUACCCUGCUCCUUAUUUUAGCAUUUUCUACUGUUUAUGCCACUCGAGCAACCAAGGAAAUUGAGAAAGGUUCCCAGCUGAUCUCAUUUUUUGAGGAGCGUCCAGGAACUUACCUCACAAUGUUCUAUGAUCAUAACUCAGAUAAAGGAAGAAUUUCCAAAGCAAGAAAUGAUGCCAGAGAUCAAAUAUUAGCCAGGCACCCAUAUAUUACUUAUACUGAGGUUGAUGUUGAUGACUCUGAAUUCCAAAAUGUUGUUAAUCUUAUUGGUCUUGAUAAGGUAGAAUGUGAACAUAGGCCAUCCUUCCUUGUCUUGACUCAAGGAAUCGGAUAUAUCGCUCAUGGAGAAGACGCAAUUACCGAUAUUGUUAAAAGUCUAUCAUCAAAAGAUUGGUAUCUAGCUCAUAGGCAUCAAAGAACAGCUGCGGAAGUUGAAGCUGAGAAGGCAGCCAAAAAUGGCCAAUAAGUUUAUAAUAACAAUUCUGGGGAAUAUUCAUGAACUAAGCAGUUGGUUU